AUGCCUUACAUAUAUUCUUCCUUUUUCUGUCUUACUUACGUCUUACAUAUAUUCUUCCUUUUUGUAUCUUAUUUACGCCUUACAUAUAUUCUUCCUUUUUCUUUCUUCUUUAUUCAUCGUGCAGUUUAUUUCUUCCUCUCUUUCUUUUCGGUGGAGGCCUGCACAGCGGCCUACCCACAUUACAAAAACUGCGAUCGGUGGAGCCCAGACAGCAGCUUGACCACAUUGCAAAACCUGCGUCGGGUGGAGUCCAGCACAGCGGCUUGCCCACAUUCCAAAACCUCCGACCGGUGGAGCCCAGCACAGCGGCUUUUCAACAUUGCAAAACCUGCGUCGGGUGGAGCCCAGCACAGCGGCUUGCCCACAUUGCAAAACCUCCGACGGGUGGAGGCCUGCACAGCGGCUACCCACAUUACAAAAACCUGCGAUCGGUGGAGCACAGCACAGCGGCUUGCCCACAUUGCAAAACCUGCGUCGGGUGGAGCACAGCACAGCGGCUGGCCCACAUUCCAAAAAACCUCCGACGGACAGAGGCCUGCACAGCGGCCUACCCACAUUACAAAACCUGCGAUCGGUGGAGCCCAGCACAGCAGCUUGACCACAUUGCAAAACCUGCGUCGGGUGGAGUCCAGCACAGCGGCUUGCCCACAUUCCAAAACCUCCGACCGGUGGAGGCCUGCACAGCGGCCUAACCACAUUACAAGACCUGCGAUCGGUGGAGCCCAGCACAGCGGCUUUUCAACAUUGCAAAACCUGCGUCGGGUGGAGCCCAGCACAGCGGCUUGCCCACAUUGCAAAACCUCCGACGGGUGGAGGCCUGCACAGCGGCCUACCCACAUUACAAAACCUGCGAUCGGUGGAGCCCAGCAGAGCGGCUUGCCCACAUUGCAAAACCUCCGACGGGUGGAGGCCUGCACAGCGGCCUACCCACAUUACAAAACCUGCGAUCGGUGGAGCACAGCACAGCGGCUUGCCCACAUUGCAAAACCUCCAAAGGGUGGAGGCCUGCACAGCGGCCUACCCACAUUACAAAACCUGCGAUCGGUGGAGCCCAGCACAGCGGCUUGCCCACAUUGCAAAACCUCCAAAGGGUGGAGGCCUGCACAGCGGCCUACCCACAUUACAAAACCUGCGAUCGGUGGAGCCCAGCAGAGCGGCUUGCCCACAUUGCAAAACCUCACACGGGUGGAGGCCUGCACAGCGGCCUACCCACAUUACAAAACCUGCGAUCGGUGGAGCCCAGCACAGCGGCUUGCCCACAUUGCAAAAAACCUCAAAGGGUGGAGGCCCGCACAGCGGCCUACCCACAUUACAAAACCUGCGAUCAGUGGAGCACAGCACAGCGGCUUGCCCACAUUGCAAAACCUCCGACGGGUGGAGGCCUGCACAGCGGCCUACCCACAUUACAAAACCUGCGAUCGGUGGAGCCCAGCACAGCGGCUUGCCCACAUUGCAAAACCUGCGUCGGGUGGAGCACAGCACAGCGGCUUGCCCACAUUCCAAAACCUCCGACGGACAGAGGCCUGCACAGCGGCCUACCCACAUUACAAAACCUGCGAUCGUCCAGCACAGCGGCUUGCCCACAUUCCGAAACCUCCGGCCGGUGGAGGCCUGCACAGCGGCCUAGCCACAUUACAAGACCUGCGAUCGGUGGAGCCCAGCACAGCGGCUUUUCAACAUUGCAAAACCUGCGUCGGGUGGAGCCCAGCACAGCGGCUUUGCCCACAUUGCAAAACCUCCGACCGGUGGAGGCCUGCACAGCGGCUCAGCCACAUUACAAGACCUGCGAUCGGUGGAGCCCAGCACAGCGGCUUUUCAACAUUACAAAACCUGCGUCGGGUGGAGCCCAGCACAGCGGCUUGCCCACAUUGCAAAACCUCCGACGGGUGGAGGCCUGCACAGCGGCCUACCCCAUUACAAAAACCUGCGAUCGGUGGAGCACAGCACAGCGGCUUGCCCACAUUAAAAAACCUCCGACGGGUGGAGGCCUGCACAGCGGCCUACCCACAUUACAAAACCUGCGAUCGGUGGAGCACAGCACAGCGGCUUGCCCACAUUGCAAAACCUCAAAGGGUGGAGGCCUGCACAGCGGCCUACCCACAUUACAAAACCUGCGAUCGGUGGAGCCCAGCACAGCGGCUUGCCCACAUUGCAAAACCUCCGACGGGUGGAGGCCUGCACAGCGGCCUACCCACAUUACAAAACCUGCGAUCGGUGGAGCACAGCACAGCGGCUUGCCCACAUUGCAAAACCUCCGACGGGUGGAGGCCUGCACAGCGGCCUACCCCAUUACAAAAAACCUGCGAUCGGUGGAGCCCAGCACAGCGGCUUUGCCCACAUUGCAAAACCUGCGUCGGUGGAUCCAGCACAGCGGCUUGCCCACAUUCCAAAACCUCCGACGGACGGAGGCCUGCACAGCGGCCUACCCACAUUACAAAACCUGCGAUCGGUGGAGCCCAGCGCAGCGGCUUUUUUCACAUUACAAAACAUGCGUCCGGUGGAGCCCAGCACAGCGGCUUGCCCCAUUGCAAAACCUCCGACGGGUGGAGGCCUGCACAGCGGCCUACCCACAUUACAAAACCUGCGAUCGGUGGAGCCCAGCACAGCGGCUUUUCAACAUUGCAAAACCUGCGUCGGGUGGAGCCCAGCAGAGCGGCUUGCCCACAUUGCAAAACCUCCGACGGGUGGAGGCCUGCACAGCGGCCUACCCACAUUACAAAACCUUCGAUCGGUGGAGCACAGCACAGCGGCUUGCCCACAUUGCAAAACCUGCGUCGGGUGGAGCACAGCACAGCGGCUUGCCCACAUUGCAAAACCUCCGACGGGUGGAGGCCUGCACAGCGGCCUACCCACAUUACAAAACCUGCGAUCGGUGGAGCACAGCACAGCGGCUUUUUCAACAUUGCAAAACCUGCGUCGGUGGAGCCCAGCACAGCGGCUUGCCCACAUUGCAAAACCUCCGACGGGUGGAGGCCUGCACAGCGGCCUAGCCACAUUACAAAACCUUCGAUCGGUGGAGCCCAGCACAGCGGCUUGCCCACAUUGCAAAACCUGCGUCCGGUGAAGCCCAGCACAGCGGCUUGCCCACAUUGCAAAAACCUCCGACGGGUGGAGGCCUGCACAGCGGCCUACCCACAUUACAAAACCUGCGAUCGGUGGAGCACAGCACAGCGGCUUUUCAACAUUGCAAAACCUGCGUCGGGUGGAGCCCAGCACAGCGGCUUGCCCACAUUGCAAAACCUCCGACGGGUGGAGGCCUGCACAGCGGCCUACCCACAUUACAAGACCUGCGAUCGGUGGAGCCCAGCACAGCGGCUUGCCCACAUUGCAAAACCUGCGUCGGGUGGAGCCCAGGACAGCGGCUUGCCCACAUUGCAAAACCUCCGACGGGUGGAGGCCUGCACAGCGGCCUACCCACAUUACAAAACCUGCGAUCGGUGGAGCACAGCACAGCGGCUUUUCAACAUUGCAAAACCUGCGAUCGGUGGAGCACAGCACAGCGGCUUGCCCACAUUGCAAAACCUCCAAAGGGUGGAGGCCUGCACAGCGGCUACCCACAUUACAAAACCUGCGAUCGGUGGAGCCCAGCACAGCGGCUUGCCCACAUUGCAAAACCUGCGUCGGUGGAUCCAGCACAGCGGCUUGCCCACAUUCCAAAAACCUCCGACGGACGGAGGCCUGCACAGCGGCCUACCCACAUUACAAAACCUGCGAUCGGUGGAGCCCAGCGCAGCGGCUUUUUUUCACAUUACAAAACAUGCGUCCGGUGGAGCCCAGCACAGCGGCUUGCCCACAUUGCAAAAACCUCCGACGGGUGGAGGCCUGCACAGCGGCCUACCCACAUUACAAAACCUGCGAUCGGUGGAGCCCAGCACAGCGGCUUGCCCACAUUGCAAAACCUCCAAAGGGUGGAGGCCUGCACAGCGGCUUGUCCACAUUGCGAAACCAGCGUCGAGUGGAGCCCAGCACAGCGGCUUGCCCACAUUGCAAAACCUCCGACGGGUGGAGGCCUGCACAGCGGCCUACCCACAUUACAAAACCUGCGAUCGGUGGAGCACAGCACAUGGGCUUGCCCACAUUGCAAAAACCUCAAAGGGUGGAGGCCUGCACAGCGGCCUACCCCAUUACAAAACCUGCGAUCGGUGGAGCCCAGCACAGCGGCUUGCCCACAUUGCAAAACCUCCAAAGGGUGGAGGCCUGCACAGCGGCCUACCCACAUUACAAAACCUGCGAUCGGUGGAGCACAGCACAGCGGCUUGCCCACAUUGCAAAACCUCCAAAGGGUGGAGGCCUGCACAGCGGCCUACCCACAUUACAAAACCUGCGAUCGGUGGAGCCCAGCACAGCGGCUUGCCCACAUUGCAAAACCUGCGUCGGGUGGAUCCAGCACAGCGGCUUGCCCACAUUCCAAAACCUCCGACGGACGGAGGCCUGCACAGCGGCCUACCCACAUUACAAAACCUGCGAUCGGUGGAGCCCAGCGCAGCGGCUUUUUCACAUUACAAAACAUGCGUCCGGUGGAGCCCAGCACAGCGGCUUGCCCACAUUGCAAAACCUCCGACGGGUGGAGGCCUGCACAGCGGCCUACCCACAUUACAAAACCUGCGAUCGGUGGGCCCAGCACAGCGGCUUUUUUCAACAUUGCAAAACCUGCGUCGGUGGAGCCCAGCAGAGCGGCUUGCCCACAUUGCAAAACCUCCGACGGGUGGAGGCCUGCACAGCGGCCUACCCACAUUAAUAAAAAACCUUCGAUCGGUGGAGCCCAGCACAGCGGCUUGCCCACAUUGCAAAACCUGCGUCGGUUGGAGCACAGCACAGCGGCUUGCCCACAUUGCAAAACCUCCAAAGGGUGGAGGCCUGCACAGCGGCUUGUCCACAUUGCGAAACCUGCGUCGAGUGGAGCCCAGCACAGCGGCUUGCCCACAUUCCAAAACUUCCGACGGGUGGAGGCAUGCACAGCGGCCUACCCACAUUAUAAAAACCUGCGAUCGGUGGAGCCCAGCUCAGCGGCUUGUCCACAUUGCAAAACCUGCGUCGGGCGGAGUCCAGCACUGCGGCUUGCCCACAUUCCAAAACCUCCGACGGGUGGAGGCCUGCACAGCGGCUUUCCCACAUUACAAGACCUGCAAUCGGUGGAGCCCAGCACUGCGGCUUGUCCACAUUGCAAAACCUGCGUCGGGUGGAGUCCAGCACAGCGGCUUGCCCACAUUCCAAAACCUACGACGGGUGAAGGCCUGCACAGCGGCUUGCCCACAUUGCAAGAGCAGCGACAGGUGGAGGCCAGCACAGCAUCCUAUCUACAUGGCAAAACCUGCGACUGGUGGAGUUCAGCACAGCGGCUUGCCUACAUCGCCAGUGCGUUGGCGAUAUUUAAUGGCUAAAAUAGCCACAAAUCUUUGA